GGCGAGGGCGUGAGAGCCAGCCCAAAUCAGGACAGAAAAACUCCAAACAUUUAAUGCGGCAAUUCCUUUGUUGCCUAACUGUUCUCAUUUUCUGUUAUUUCGUCGCUCCCGCUCCUGCGCGCCUAAUGUUUCAUCCAAAAUUACCACAACAAUUCCAAUACUCUUUGUUCACAAUCUCCACCUCCGCCUCGCUCCUCCUCUUCUCUCGCCCAUGAAGCAACGUAGUUCGACGAAAAUCUCCCUUAAAUGGAUCCCAUUUGUCUGCAUCUCCUUCUUCGUCCUCGGAACUGUCUUCUCUAACAGGCUAUGGAUUCCAACUAUAUUCAACGAUUGUGACACUAAGAAAAAGCCUGCAACAGAUAAUUUUGAAAAGGGCGAAGUUUUGAAAACCCACGAAGCAAUUGAAUCUCUAGACAAGUCAUUUGCAACGCUCCAGAUUAAGUUAGCUCCCCCAGGUAGUUCUCAGAAAAUGAAGAACUCGGAUGCCACCGGUGCUGUCUCGACCUUGGCUGGUAUCGACUCGCCGAGGAAGAAAGCAUUCAUGGUCAUUGGGAUUAACACUGCUUUUAGUAGUAGGAGACGGCGUGAUUCCAUCAGAGAAACUUGGAUGCCACAAGGGGAAAAGCUUGUUCGGUUGGAGCGUGAAAAGGGGAUUAUUAUCCGUUUCAUAAUCGGCCAUAGUGCAACAUCCGACAGCAUUUUAGAUAGAGCCAUUGAUUCAGAGGAUGCUCAACAUAAGGACUUCCUUAGACUGGAGCAUGUUGAAGGAUAUCAUGAAUUAUCUGCAAAACAAAACUUAUAUUUUACUGCCGUUGCAAAUUGGGAUGCCGAGUUCUACGUCAAGGUGGACGAUGAUGUCCAUGUUAAUCUUGGUAAGCUAGCCGCACUUCUUGGCCGUCACCGUUCCAAGCCCAUGGCCUAUAUAGGGUGCAUGAAAUCCGGACCGGUUCUUUCUAAAAAGUCUGUCAAGUACCACGAACCGGAGUACUGGAAAUUUGGAGAAGAGGGGAAUAAGUACUUUCGACAUGCAACUGGUCAGAUAUAUGCAAUUUCAAAGGAUCUCGCAAGCUACAUUGCCGCAAACCAGCAUAUAUUGCACAAGUAUGCUAACGAAGAUGUGUCCCUCGGUUCAUGGUUUAUCGGCCUUGAGGUUCAGCACUUGAAUAUUAAGAGCAUGUGCUGUGGUACUCCACCAGAUUGUGAGCUGAAGGCAAAAGCAGGUAAUGCGUGUGCCGCAUCAUUUGAUUGGAGCUGCAGUGGAAUCUGCAGAUCAGUGGAGAAGAUCAAAAUCGUUCAUCAAAGGUGCGGGGAAGGGGAUGCUGUAGUUUGGAGUGCCUUAUUCUAAACCGAUAUAAGGUUUUUUUUUUUUUGGGGGGGGGGGGUUCGUGGUUGAUCAAUGGUGGAGGAAACUUCUGCUUUCAAUGCAUAUCCUCGACCGUUUACUUUCAGAAAUGGAAGGCAAAAGAAAGGCGGCGUUGAGUUGUUAGAUAGUAUGUACUUAUACACACAAAAUUUUGUUUUUUUUUUUCUCAUAGAAAUUAUAUUUUCAUUCAAGAAUGAGCGGAAUUUUAAUUGGUUCUCAAAAGUAUAAUACUCAACUCAAAUUACAAGCUAUAUUCAGUCUGAGCCCAGAAAAUUGUCAAAUAAUCUGUUGGUUAUUAGCCAAAAUGGAUAAUCCCGACGUUUUCUUAAGAUUGCAAGAUUUUCUAGAGCGUAAUGCGCCAGCCUUCCUCUACUGAUUUCGUUAAAUCCAUCAAAAGUUCCCUCUAUCUUCAAUUAUUUACCUCUUUUUUCUUUUCAUUAUAGUUCUCAUGUUUAAGUGUAUAUAAAAGCUUAAGAUAGAACGUGAUUUGUGCUUAACCAGAAUUGAUUAAUGAUUGUUUAUUUGGUAAUAAUCAACAAUUUCUUUUUGGUAAUGAGGCUGCUAAAAUUCAAAAUUUUGGAGGAACUAGGUUUUAAUUGUUUAUUGCUUCGAAUUCAAGUAAAAUUCUCGACACGCAAGCUCUUCUGUUUGUAAAUCCAUUGCCAAACAGAACUUAAUUUCACUAUGAGAAGGAUCGGGAUGUUUCAUUCUAGAAAAUCAUUUCUGGGUUUUUGACCGUCGCUAUAUUGCAGCUUCGUAGUUUUGUUCUCCAACAAUGCUCCUCAUCCCGCGCAGGCGUUCUUCGCCAACAUGGAAGCUGCUGUUCGAGCUCAUCCGCUUUGGGGCGGAUGCCCAGAGGAGGACCUCCACAGUGCUGGUGAACUUACUUUGAGACAGUACGGAGCUCCGGCAGGUUGUUAUGGCUAAUAUUUUGUUGUACCGAGAAGUUACUGAACCCAGACAAAGAGAACUUUGCGAUCUGAACCAAAUCUUCUGAAAUAAAACCUUUAAGUAAAGAAGAUCUGUCAUCAAUUACUAAAGUUCCAUAAAUCUCAAAGCUGGAGAAUUAAGGGGCAACCAUGCUUCUGAAAGAGGAUCAGACAAGGAAAGUGUUUCGAGAGUGCCCAUAUAUGUUUGUUCAUUUUAGUGACCUGAAAAUCAAUGAUGUUGAGGACCUGAAUAACUAUAAACAACUUGUCUUCAAGUAUGUUUGCUUUUGAAAGGACUGGGUAGCGUUUCUGCAACUAUUCUUUCUUCCAGUUCACCAGCUCUAGCUCAAGAACAUGUUGGAACAGUGAAGGAAUCUGAAGAUAAUUGAGUGAUGGAACUAAAUAUUGGACUGCAAAAAGAUACUGACAGGGUGGAUGAUAUCCCAAAUUCAGUCUCUAAACUAGAAAAUACAGUAUCCAAUUUCCCAAGGAUGAGGCAGUUGCACCCCCAGGAGACAACCAUGAUGACAACUCUGAACAAUAGCUGACUGGGAAGAUGUUUAUUUUUUUGGAAUAUCAUGGCCUUUCAUUGUUCUGGUAACCUUGCCACUAGGACUUUUUUCUUCCCUCUUUUAUGCAGCGAAUGACUACUGCUUCAGCUGCAAAUGAAAAGACAAUGUAAGACCAUGUUCUUAAUUUGAACUUUGAAAUGAUUUGGUUUGGAAAUUCAUAAUGCCCUGUAGAUGCAAGUUUUGCUGUAACACUGUGGGUUCAACUCAGCAAAGCCCUUAUUUCAGCACAUAUAGGUACAAUUCUUUGCUUCAUCCUCGUACACAGUAUCGUGGUUCGUUGCGAAUAGUAGGAAAGCUGUAAACUUGGAACUUCAUGUUUUGAAGUAAGGUGUGGCAACCUUUUGGAUCAUAAACCAAUAUUGACAUGCCAGGUUAAACAUGUAGAUACCUUGAUCAUUAUUGAAUUCUUGGAUUGGUUUAUUUAUUUUCAAACGUUUUUGUGUGGAUGGAGUAGCUUUCUUGUUCCUUCAUACGCAUCAUCAUCCCAUCCCCAAGAUUGAGAGAUGGUGCAUUAUGUCAUGCCAUAGAUAUUUUGUCCAAAUAAAAUAUCGUAUUAUGCCUGAUAUAUCUUCUUUUUUUCCCUGGGGGAAGUGAAUAUCCGACCAAUAGGCCACAACUUGGGGUUUGCUUGAUAUUUCUUUUUAGAUCUUAGGCUAAAUGCACCCGGAAUUUGAUUCAAUAAUAGAUGCAUAGAUCUUCUCUCAAAGGCAUGCUCCAAUCACUUGAUGGAGAAUAUGAAGGCAACUGAUUUUCCCAGUUGGAGGGUAAGGAGAGAGAAGAGGCAACAGUGACAGAUAAGCAUGUCUUUGAUUUUCUAGGCAAUCUCUGGCAAUGCAAUAUUGAUGACACUGAUCAGAUUUGUUAAAAGAAAAGCAAAGGAGGGGCCAACACAACAUGGGAAAUAG